CAAGUCUUCUUCUCCGAGUCACACUUUUACGAAGUUUCUCUCUUUAUCUCCUUCUCCAUAUUACUGCUUUACCUCAAAUGUUGAGAACGAUAUCUCUUCUCUAUGGCUUCAUCUUGCAGUCGGAGAUACGACGUUUUCCCAAGCUUCAGCGGCGAAGAUGUCCGUAAAUCAUUCCUCAGCCAUCUUCUCAAGGAGCUUAACCGCAAAUCAAUCAAUACAUUCAUCGACCACGGGAUCGAGAGAAGCCGCCCAAUCGCCCCUGAGCUUUUAUCGGCGAUUAGAGGAUCGAGGAUCUCAAUCGUCGUCUUCUCUAAGAAAUAUGCUGCUUCCACCUGGUGCUUGAAUGAAUUGGUUGAGAUCCACCACUGUUCCAAGGAAUUGGAUCAAAUGGUGAUUCCAAUUUUCUACAACGUUGAUCCUUCGGAAGUUAGAAAACAGAGCGGUGAAUUCGGAAAGGUCUUUGAAGAGACAUGCAAGGGAAAAUCAGAUGAUGAGAAACAAAGAUGGAUAAGAGCUCUCGCAGAUGUGGCUAAUAUGGCUGGAGAGGAUUCUCGAAACUGGUGUGAUGAAGCCAACAUGAUUGAAACAAUUGCCAAUGAUGUUUCCAAUAAGCUCAUAACACCACCAUCGAGUGAUUUUGGUGAUUUUGUUGGUGUUGAAGCUCAUUUAGAGAGCUUGAAUUUAUUGUUGUGCUUGGAAUCUGAAGAAGCUAGAAUGGUAGGGAUUGUAGGACCCUCGGGGAUUGGUAAGACUACCAUUGCAAGAGCUUUGUUUACUCAACUCUCUACUCAAUUCCACCAUUGCGCUUUCGUAGCUUAUAAAAGAACCAACCGAAACGACUAUUGCAUGAAGCUGUGCUGGGAAGAACGUUUUUUAUCAGAAAUUUUAUGUCAAAAGGACAUCAAGAUUUUGCAUUUAGGUGCGGUAGAACAAAGGCUAAAGAACAAGAAAGUUCUUAUUAUACUUGACGAUGUGGAUGAUCUUGAGAUGCUAAAGACCUUGGUGGGACAAACUGGAUGGUUUGGAUUAGGGAGCAGAAUCAUUGUGAUCACUCAAGAUAAGCGGCUUCUCAAGGCUCAUAGUAUUGACCUUAUUUAUGAGGUGGAGUUCCCAUCUAAAGAUCUGGCUCUGCAAAUGUUUUGUCGAUCUGCUUUUGGGGAAAACUCUCCUCCUAGUGAUUUCAUGAAGCUAGCUGGUGAAGUUGCAGUUCUUGCCGGAAAUCUUCCUUUAGGUCUGACGGUCUUAGGUUCUUCUUUAAGAGGGAAGGAUAAGGAGGAGUGGAUGGAGAUGCUGCCUAGGCUCCAAAAUGGUCUAGAUGGUAAAAUAGAGAAAACAUUAAGAAUUAGCUAUGAUGAGUUAGAUGGCAAAGAUCAAGACUUAUUCCUUUACAUUGCGUGUUUAUUCAAUGGUCACAAAGUCAAUUAUAUCAAAAACUUGCUUGGAGAUAGUGUUAACACUGGGAUUAAAAUGCUGGCUGACAAGUCCCUAAUACGUAUAACACCACCCAAUAAAACAGUUCAGAUGCACAACUUGCUACAGAAGUUGGGUAAAGAAAUUGUUCGUUCAGAGUCUAUUCACAAUCCUGGAAAACGUCGAUUCUUGGUGGAUGCUAAGGAUAUUAUUGAUGUAUUUACGGAAAACACUGGUACAGAAAAUGUGUUAGGCAUAUAUUUUAACACAUCAGGAAUCAAUGAGCCAUUGGUUAUAAGUGAACAUUCUUUCAAAGGAAUGCGCAAUCUCCAAUUUAUAAAAAUUUACAAGGAGUGGUCGGGGGAGACUAGUGAAGGCAUAUUGGAUUUACCUCGAGGCCUUGUUUAUUUUCCCCGUAAACUCAGAUUGCUACAUUGGGACGAAUAUCCAUUGAAGUGUAUACCUUCUAACUUUAGGACAGAGUUUUUGGUUAAACUAACAAUGGAGAAUAGCAAGCUUGAGAAGCUGUGGGAAGGAAUCCAGCCACUUCGAAAUCUCAAGAAGCUAAGAUUGGACGGGUCUAGGAAGUUGAAAGAUAUUCCAAAUCUUUCAAAGGCCAUAAAUCUCGAGAAACUGAAUCUUUGGGGAUGUGCAUCUUUGGUUACACUUCCUUCCUCCUCUAUUCGAAACCUCAUUAAACUUAGGAAAGUGACCAUGGAGGGAUGCAUAAAACUCGAGACUCUUCCAAAUGACGUCAUCUUGGGAUCUUUUGAUUACCUCAAUCUCAGUGGAUGCUUAAGGUUGAGAAGUUUUCCUGGGAUUUCAAGAAACAUCUCGGGGCUCAUUCUUGAUGGAACUGCAAUAGAAGAAGAAGAUUCUGUCAGCAUUGAGAAUAUCUCUGGGAUCACUAACCUUGAUUGGAGUGGUUGUCCCAUGAGAUGUAUGCCUUCUAACUUUCAUCUAGAAUAUCUCGUUGAACUCACAAUGAGAGAUAGCAAACUUGAGAGGCUAUGGGAAGGAGUCCAGUCGCUUAGAAACCUCGUGUAUAUGGAUUUGUCAGGAAGUGAAAACCUGAAAGAAGUUCCAGAUCUUUCAGAGGCCAUUAAUCUCGAGAGAUUGGAACUCAACGACUGCAAAAGUUUGGUUUUUUUCCGUUCCUCCAUUGGGAAUCUCAAUAAACUCAAGGUGUUGCGCAUGAGUGGAUGUACAAGACUCGAGUCUCUUCCUACUGAUGUCAACUUGGUAUCUCUCGAUUAUCUUAACCUCAGUGGCAGCAAAAGGUUGAGAAGUUUUCCUCGGAUUUCAAGGAACAUAUCAAGGCUCUUUCUAGAUGGAACUGCCAUAGAAGAGGACCAAGACUGUUUCUUUAUUGGUGAAAUAUGUGGGCUCACUGAACUUUUUUGGAGUGACUGUCCAAUGAAAUAUAUGCCUUCUACUUUUCACCCAGAAUAUCUCGUUGAACUCACAAUGCCAGGUAGCAAGCUUGUGGAGUUGUGGGAAGGAGUUCAGUCGCUUAGAAAUCUCAGGAAGAUGGAUUUGUCAAGAAGUGAAAACCUGAAAGAAAUCCCAAAUCUUUCUAAGGCCACCAAUCUCGAGUAUUUGGAUCUAACCGCAUGCAAAAGUUUGGUGAUUCUUCCUUCGUCAAUUAGGAAUCUCAACAGACUGAAGAAGCUGAGCAUGAAAGGAUGCACUAGGCUCGAGGUUCUUCCAAAUGAUGUUAACUUGGAAUCUCUCAAUCACCUCGAUCUCAGUGGAUGCUCACAGCUGAGAAGUUUUCCUCAGAUUUCGACAAGCAUUUCACUGCUCUAUCUAGACUACACUUCCAUUGAAGAAGUUCCUUCUUGGAUUGAAAAUUUCUAUGGGCUCACUACUCUAAUGAUGCGUGGUUGCCAAAGGUUAAAAAACGUUUCUCCAAACGUUUUUAAAUUGGGAAGUCUUACGGUGGUAAACUUUUCAGACUGUGGAGGAGUCACAGCAUUAGGUAGUGCAAGUAUGGUUGCAACAGUACAACUAAAUCCUCGAAUAAUAUAUUUGUGUGGCGAACGUUUUUACUCGCCGUAUUCAAUCUUAACAGUGUGUGCAAAGAAUUGUGAAUCGCUCCAGAUUGUAUCUCACUCCUUCCUCAAUCCAAUGAGUGGUCUUGAACUCCAUAAUUGCUUCAGUUUGGAUCAAGAUACGCGGGAACUCAUCGUACAAUCGGCUUUCAACUAUGUCAUCUUACCUGGUAGAGAAGUGCCGACAUAUUUCACGCAUCAAGCUGGUGGCAGUUCCCUAGAUAUCUCUUUACCUCAGAGCUCUCUCUCUCAACAAAAUUUGGGAUUCAAGGCUUGCAUCAUGCUUGAACCUCCUACUGACCCCAAUGAUCGUUCUGGAAACAUCGGAGUGGGGUGGUACUUCAGAGGCAAAAGCAGUGUACAUCAUUUUUACGUUGACGUGGACUCAUGUAAGGUGGAUCAUCUGGUUAUGUUCCAGUUUGGGUUCCUGGUAGGAGAUAUCAACGAUCCUCCAUCUGAGCUAGACUACAACCGUGUGGAAUUUGAGUUCUUCCACCAUUACAAUGCUUGUUCUUGCAUCAGAUGUGGGGCUAACCGCUGCACACAAACGUGUCCCUUGUCGCUCGAGAGGAUAAAAGGAUGCGGUGUACGACUGUUUAAUGUUUCUCCAUCUCCAGGUGGUGCUGCUAGAAUCUCUGAAACAGAGUACAACCAACAGUCCGGAGAAAAAUGUAAUAUUGUAGAGACUGGGAGAAGUAAGAAGCGGAAGCUGAUUACAUCAGGAACAUCUGAAGAAUGUUUGAACUUACCAGACCAAAUAGUAGCAGACGACACAGGAUUGACGGCUCCAAAUCUGGAGCUUUCGUUAUGGCAGGGAGAAGCUUCUGCCCGGGUUUCUUCUAGAAGGAAGAUAAUGUCGUCAGCAGUUUCUUCUAGCAACUUUCAUGAUGAUGGAGCAUCGUUGUCUCUUUCCCUUUCUCCUUCGUAUCCAUAUAUGGAGGAAGAAGUCUUGUGUAUUGAUCCCAUGAUAACUGAAUGUUAUGAGCCAAAGCCUUAGCCUUAGCUCUAGUUGUCACACCCGUUAUCUAAACUAAAGAACAAGGAGAUUGAAAACUAACUUCCCUUUAACCCAAGUCUCUCUUUGAGAAUUAGGUUAAUUGUUGGAAGCUUGGAAUUCUCAUUAGCAUAAGAGGGUUCUUAUAUAGAACCUUACAAAUCGAUCUA